AUGAGUACAGCAUCGAUAGGCACUAAGAAACGGCAACGUCGUCAACCAAAACAGGAACGAGAAAAACAACAACCACAGCAAAAUCCAAAUCAGUCAUCGCCUUCGCAUUAUAACGAGACCCCGCGUGUCGCCGGUAGCGGUUUCUCGUACCCCCCUGCAAAUGUAAAUGGUGGUGCAGGCAUCCCCUCUUAUUCGCAUUUGCAGGAGAGGAAACCAUCAGCUUCAUAUGUACCAACAUCGAGUAAUCCAGCGGAUGCAGAGAGGUUGCAGCAGGGACAAAAGUUCAAGAUUGAACCUCAGCAUGGACAUCAUCCACCUGUUUACCAUCAAUAUCCUCCUCAACCAGCCUAUCUUUCGCAAGAUAUAUUUCAUCCUAGUCAGCAACAACAGCAACAGCCUUCUCGUCCAGGCAUGGUGAGUCACCCUAGUCAGCCGCACCCGGGUCAAGACCCCAAUUACCCACCAGGUGCAGGACCAAAUGCGGACCCUCAAAGACAGGGACAACCACCUCAACAAUGGACCCCAUACCCUCCCAAUCCCAACCCACGCUACUAUCCACCGCAAGCACAGCCUUCAUCAGUACAAGGUGAUGACGGCCAAGUUGUACGAGUAAAGAAAAAGCCAGGAAGAAAGCCUCGAGCAAAGGAGGACUUGACAGCCGGUCAUCCAUACGGCAGUUCCCAGCCUAGUGGAAACAACCUGGCACCACCAACUAUAACACAUCCAUCACCAGGCUCAAUUCCUCUCCCAUACCAACAAGGGACGCACAUCCCACCGGCGGGCCCGACUCAAACUAAAACUCCAACUUCAGCGUCACCAAGACCCUUUGCUUCAGGAAAAGUGACAAGAAGAUCACGUAUGGGAUGUCUUACUUGUCGUCAAAGGAAGAAGAGGUGUUGCGAAUCAAGACCAAAGUGUACUGAGUGUGGCAGACUAGGGUUGAAUUGUGUAUGGCCAAAACCAGGUACUGAACACAAGAACAAGCCUAAGGAUCAAAAAGAGGACGAAAAUACUAUGGAGCAUGAGAUUUAUGGUAGAAUAAAGGUGUUGAGAGGAAUAGUUGAGUACAGGUCCGAAUAG